CUGAGCAGGUGUAGUGUUGUUGGGGUUUCGAGGGGUCUCGGCUUCGUCACCGCGCCGGCGAGAGAAGCUUCUGGAAGAGCUCCAGUGUAUACGCCAUGGCCUUCCUCUUUCACAAGUUCCAAGAGGCCGUUAAAUCUCUCGCAAAGAGUCGAGCAUUCGCUCGCGAUCCACGGCAUCUUCAGUUUGAAGCUGAUGUUAAUCGUUUGUUUCUUUACACCAGCUAUAAUCGUUUGGGAAAGAAUGCGGAUGAGAAGGACGCAGAUGAGAUUAUUGAGAUGGGAAGCAAAGCAUCUGUUUCUGAUCAGCAGAGACAAGUCCAGGAAAAUGUUCAUUUCCAAAUUAAGAACAUAUCCCAGACGAUGGAUAGCAUACUUCGUCCUGAUACGGACCGCAAUACACCGAAUUCAGUUCCAGAUUCCCAGAAUGGUUCUCGACGUAGUGGAUUGAGUUUUGCUAUCGGUAGUAGCGCGUCUGCUAACAAACCUGUUGUGCCUGCGACGCGGCCAUUAUCUCACCGUGAGUUAUCGCAGAGUUUGAGGGAUAGUAUUGGCUACACCCUAGAAAUCAAACAAUCUCAAAUUCCUCACAAGGCUGCUGGUCGCGGUUUAUUCUUAUCUGGGGAGGCUGAAGUCGGAUCUGUUCUUGCCUUCUAUCCCGGAGUAAUUUAUUCGCCGGCUUACUACCGAUAUAUCCCCGGCUAUCCCAGAAUCGAUGCCUCGAAUUCUUAUUUGAUCACAAGGUAUGACGGGAUUGUUAUAAAUGCGCAACCUUGGGGAGUUGGCGGUGAAACCCGAGAAGUUUGGGAUGGUUAUAGCCAGCCCGAGUACGAGCCAAAUCCUUCUGAAUAUAUUGAGGGGCGGUCUGAUCGUAUGUGGAGAAUGCUAAGUAAGCCUUUGGAGGACGCUCGUAGGGGGGAUGGUGGGGACGUUGUUGAGUGGCGUAACCCGCUUGCCUUUGGCCAUUUCGCGAACCACCCUCCGAAGGGCACCACCCCUAACGCUAUGGUCUGCCCUUAUGAUUUCCCGCUGAGUGAGAAGGACAUGAGGGUUUAUAUUCCUAACCUUGUGUUUGGAGGUGAAGAGAGCGUGGCGAUGAAGAGAUUCGGCACCUUCUGGUUUAAGUCCUGGGGUUCUCGUGAUCAAGAAGGUGAUGGCCCUGUUAUAAAGACGCUCGUGCUGGUUGCGACAAGGGCUCUUUGCGACGAAGAAGUGUUCUUGAAUUACAGGUUGAGCAACUCGAAGAGACGGCCGGAGUGGUACACCCCGGUUGAUGAAGAAGAAGAUAGAAGGAGAUGGGGCUAAGAUUAAUGGUAUUAAAUUAACCUCACUGUUGUACUAUCUCCUGCUGCUGCUGCUGCUGCUGCUGCUGCUGCUGCUAAUCAAGGUAUGUCACACAGAGAUGCCUGGAAAAACCUGAACCUGGUAUUUCUUUUUCGGCCUUGCCUUUGCUGAUUGUUUUGUGUGAAAGAGUUUUCAAUUAUGAGAUUGCUGCGGCAAUAUAUUUCUUACUGUUUAAGGUGAGAAAUAAGUAAGCAGCAGCUUUCAAACUUAAUAUGUAUGAUAUUGAUCAAAUCAUGACAACAGGACCGACUGCAUUUCUCUUGUUAGCCUGAAUAAAAAUGCGUGAGACGGAACUUUUGUUGCGCA